GGAUAUCUUUGAAGACGUAUAUUAUCGGUAGCUGUGUUCUAUACUUUUGCAGCGCGCGGUGCUUCUAAAUAAGACUGGGCAUAAGGACCUUGAACGCUGUUGCACUCGCCGCAUUUACGAAGGUCGUCGCGACUUCGGGGGCCGGGGACCCAGUUUCAACCACCCCCCAAGUGCAUUGAAUUCAGCGGAGAUAGUAAUUGAUACAGAGACAGGAGGGGCAUGCGGUGGUGCGACUCGGACGACGAGGACUGGGAGGACUGUAAGAAUUCGUGGGGGCUCCUCUGCGCUAUCUGCAUAUGCGCUCCUUGUAUUGCUGUUGCUGACUGGCGACAGGCGCGGCAGGCGCGGCAGCAGAAGGCGAAUUUGCUCGAGGCCCAGCUCGAAAGCCAGAGGCAAGGCCUGGCGCAGCAACUCGCACCCGGGGAGCAGACACGGCGGGAGCGGUCAGCAGCCAGGAAGCAGCUUGAGAGGGCAGUAGCGGCGCCGCAGGCAACUGCCACCAGCGCCCAGCAAUCUCCUCGGCAUGCCGCGGCUGAGGCCCCGGAGCCAGGCCCCGCGCCCCCCGCGCCGCCGGCGUCCCUCGUGGGCGUCGCUUCCGCCUGCCGCGCACUGAGGCGAGCAUGCAAGGUCGAUGUGCCCGAUCCCGUCCAGCUAACCAACGGCGGCGGGCGCCAGGAGCCAAACCAGCAGGGCUGCAGGCUGCUAGGCACGCUAGCCGCGCUGGACGCGGUGGGCUGUGACGCACUGGGGCGCGCACUGAGGGAGGCACGUGCCCUGGCGCCGCUGCGCCAGACCUGCCGCGCCGCGCGCUCGCUCACGGACGUGUGCUGGCGCCGGCUGCUGGACCACCCAGCCCAGCUGGGCGCCGACGGCCUGGCUGCCCUCUUCUCCACCCUCCGCGCCCAGAGCAGCCUGGGCCCGCUGCGGCUCGCCUGCCGCGCCACACGCGCCUUCGUCGACGCCAACACACACUGCCUAGACCUGCGGCUGCACGGCACACAGCCGCUGCGGCCCGGCGGCUGGGCGGCGCUGCUGGCGCGCUGCGGCGGCGCGGCGGAGGUGCGGGUGCGCGCGGACCCGUCCGGCUACUGCCGGCAGCGCAAGGCGGCGGUGCGGGAGCCGGGCUGCAUGCUGGGCGUCGCGUUCGGCGAGUUCCCCACGCCCGCCACCGCGCGUGUGCGGACCCUGGAGGUGGACAUUCAUCGCGGGCGCUAUGUCGAGAGCGGCGGCUGGACCACCGCCGGGGCCGCAGCCGGCGGUGGCGGCGAUGGAGAUGUCAAUGGUGGUGGUGGUGGCGGGCGGGUGUGGUGGAAUCCGGCCACGGCGCUGUACGAGUCCGCUUCGUCCGGUGAGGCAGACCCGGGCUUGAACACACGCCGACGGCGGCCGCUGCCGCGGCCGGCGGCGGCCGCGGUGGCGGCGGCGGCGGCUGGCGCCGGCGGCAGGCCCACUGUUUCGUCUUCGAAGGCGUCGCACGUGCAGUACACGUCGUUGUUGGCCUUUCCCCACCUGGUGCACGUGGCGCUGUGCGGCGAGUGGGCCUGCCCACCCGAGGAGCCGGCCGCCCGGGCGGUGGGUGCGGUGCUUGGGUCGCUGCCGCACCUGCGGUCGCUGCGCCUGGGCCGCUUCAGCGCCGCCAUGCUGCAGCAGCUGGCGGCCGGCGCCGCCGGCAUAGACAUUGACAGCAGCGGUGGCGAGCGCGGCAGCGGCGGCUGUGAGGGCGGCGGAGGAGGAGCAGGAGGAGGAGGAGGAGGAGGAGGUGGGGAAGGAGGCAGCGGGCGGCCUUCGUGUGGGGCCAUGGGCGCCGCGGCGAGGCCGGUGGCCUGCCUGCACCUGCGGGAGCUGACGCUGGGGGAGGCGGAGGAGGACGAGAGUGCGGCGGCGGCGGAAGCUGCGAAGAGGGAGGCCAACCCGAUGGAUGCGGCGCUAACGGCGGCGGCGGCUGCGGCGCUGGCGGCUCUGGGGCGGUUGGAGCGGUUGCGGUUGUACGGCGUGGCGCCCGGCGGCGCCGCCAUGCGGGAAGUGCUGAUGCACGGGCUGUCGCCUAAUUUGGAGCGGCUGGAGUUUUGCAGGAGCGCCUCCAGUACGAGUAGGAGUGGGAGGAGCGACAGUGGGAGCGGGAGCGGGAAUGUGCAGUGGGGCCGGAGUGGUGCUGCAGUUAAUGGAGCGGGAGGUGUGGCAGGGUGCUGGCUUGCGCUGCUGGCGUUGCCGCCGCCGCCGCCCCAGCAGUUGGCGGCGGCUAGCGCUGCUGCCUCUUCCGCCGCCGCCACCACCGCCGGCGGUGCCUCAUCACUGCUGCGCCGCUGUGAUUGCGAACUGGACUGCCCGCUGGCCGACGCGGGCGCCGCCGCCGGCUCCAUCACCUACGCCGGACUGAAUGUACGGCAGAUCCGUGCCGUACGGGUUAUGGUCGAGGCGGGCGCGCCGCCGCCGCCACUGACGCAGCCCGCCAUCCAGCCGUACGGCGCACUACGGCAGCUAGCUGGAUCCGCCCACCAUUGCCGCGUGGAUUGCGUUGAGCUAAGGCUGAUGCCACCGCCGUCCGCCGCCGCCGCGGCGGGGGAGCUGGCGGCGGCGGCGGCGGCGGCGGCGGCUCACGCCGCCGCCACAACUGAGGCCAUUGGCCAGGUGGCGGCGCUUCUGGCGGCGCCGCGUGCGCUCCACAUCUCCGCGCCGCUUGUUGCCAGUCCUGGGCAAAUCCUGGAGCCGCUGCUGGCGCUGGACAGGGGCGUGGCGGAGGCUGUGCGGGAGCUGGUGAUGACGCACGCGCCCGCGCUGUCGCCGGCGCUUGUGCCGCAGCUGAUGGCGGCGCUGCCUGGUCUGGAGGCGCUGGUGGUGGGCCGCGGCUGCCGGCAGCUGUGGCACAACUCGCACUGCUACGAGCUGGUGGCGGGGCUGGCGGUGGCGGCGGCGGCGACGGAGGCGACGGAGGCGGCGGCGAAGGUGGAGGCCGCUGCUGGGGGAGGUGCUGGAAGCGGAGGCGGGCAUGUUGGGGGAACGGGAUCAGUGCCGGGGAUGGCGGCGACUGGGGCUGCUGUGGAGGGGCGGCGUGGAGUGGUGCGGGUGGUGGUGACGGCGCCGCAGGUGUCGGCGGCACGGGUGGCGGAGCUGAAUGAGCGGCUGGUGGAUAUGGGCGUGCCAGUGCGCCUCGCCACGAGGGUGUAGGCUAGCAGACAAAGAGGGUCUAUGGCAGUGGUGGCUGGGGGCAGGCCGUUGGGCUCUGGUGCUGGGGAGAAGGACAGAGGACGGAGGCGGACUUUGCAGUCAGCAGGAAAGACGGGGCGUGGAGAGCUGUAGCAAAAGACAGGGCAGAGAGCAUGGAGCACGGAAUUACGAGUCCAACGCACCGCCCAACUCGUUCUUAACCCAGCUCACAGGUAGGGCACACUGUCCUAUCUAUCUGUGGACUGCUAUCUAGGGGUUAACUUUGAACCAAUGCCGUAAGGAAACACACACUGUCCUAUCUAUCUAUGGACUGCUAUCUAGGGGACAUGCAUGCCGUGAGGGCGUGGCGGAGCUGAUGCAUUCUAUCCAGUAAAUGUAGAGCUCACGUCAAGGACGUGUUCUUCUGACUUGUUCUACCCCGUAUCCCGCCAUGGGGGUGGGGACCAGUUUGCCAAGAGGGCCGUGCUGUUGGCAGUGGGCCCUCACAGCAAUGGAAGAAAGAUGGUGUCCAUUCCCGGAAGUACCA